UUGGUGUUUCGAGCUGUAAUGGAACAUGUGUUACGCUUGAUCAUACAAGGCAAUAGGAGUUAACGUCGAAAUCAAAUAUCAAAUGAAUAACUGCCGGGCUGUUUCAACUUUCAAGACGCUUUCCACUUCGUUUAUAUACACACGCAUCAAAACACAUUUGGCACAAGUCAGCCAUUCGGUUGUCACCCAGAAAAACAUACUUGAGAGCAACAAGCACUGAUAAACGAAGAUGGCGGACUCCCGAUCUGAAGACACCCCGGAAGUAGUUGAGAGUUUGCCAUCUCUUCCAACAGUAACGGAACACCAGAGAGAGUUGGGGUGUCAAGCACUGAGAGAGUUUGAAAACCAACAGUUUGGACAAUGCGUUUCAACCCUUCAUAAACUACUGAAGGAGCGAUCAUCCGAUGUCAAAGUGUCCCAAAACAAAGCAGUGGCUGAAUUCUAUCACAGUGGUUUAAAAAAUGUGGAGGAGUUCAGAAAGAAACUGAAUUGUUUCUCCAUCAACCCUGAUGCAUUCGACAGCUUGGAAGAUAUGGACCAUGCGUUCGUGUACUACAACCAGGCCGUGCUUCUGUACCAUCUCAGACAGUACCGGGCGUCUCUCAGUCUCCUGGAUAAGUUAUUUCAGUGCAUUGAACCGCUGGAAGAACUCCUAGCCAGAAAGGUGCUUCUGCUGCUCGUGGAGCUGUACUUGUGCACGUUUCAGCCGGAGAAGGCAAUGGGCAUGCUGAGCUACAUGGAAAAGACCUACUUUAAUGGUAAACAUGGCGCCGGGCAGGGCACGCCGGAGAAGCCAGAGAAGGGAAAGGACCACAAGGACAGCUCCGAGAAUUCCGUGGAGGCGUGGAGACCUCGGAUCAGUGUUUACAAGAUUCGCUGUCUGAUCAUGCUCAAGUCCAUGAAGAUGUGCAAGAGGGAACUCAAGUCUUUACUCAACACACAAACAAUGAGCACCUCUGUGAUAUACUUGAAGAGUAACUUUGAGUAUCUGCGAGGGAAUCUGCGGAAGGCUAUCCGGAUGCUGGGCUCGGACCCCCAGGCUCAGGUCUUUACUAACACGGGGGAGAGCCUCCCGAUGAUGUACUUCAACAACCUGGGAUGUAUUCACUUCCACCUCCGCAAACAUCACCUCGGGGCCUUCUACUUGCGCAGAGCUGUACAGGAGAAUGAGAACGCUCUGAAAGAUGCUGCAGCAGGAGGCCAAAAUCGCCCGCUACAUACACGUGGCAUGAGUCGACACUAUGAACUGCUGUACAACAUGGGUAUUCAACUGCUCCACUGCGGACGGCCACAGGCGGCCUUCGAUUGUCUCAUAGAGGCAGUACAGGUGUACCAGGUGAACCCUCGACUGUGGCUGAGGUUAGCGGAGUGUUGCAUACAGGCGAACAGAGAGAACAAUGACGAGGACCGUAGUUUAGAGAAGCGACUGGAGGUUAUCCAAGGCUCAGUUGGGAGUGGAGUACACAGAAAACUAAUCCUUGGAUGUGGCGUCGGCAAGUUCAAACCCAGUUCAACCACACCCUCCAUGCCGUCAGCCACUCUGGAGUUCGCCUCACUGUGUCUGCGGAACGCUAUGCUUCUGCUGCCAGAAGACCCACUGUUGGCAGACAAGGCCACGCCGUCCUCCGACGACCAUGAAGGAAGACCCACCCCAGAACCAGUCUUGAUGUCAGCCCCUCCUGGCAACCCGAUGAAAGCUACAGAAAUCGCUCACCUUCGCUGCUCCAUCCUUGCAGCAUCCGCGUACACCUGUCUAUGUCUCAACGAUCACCUCAUGGCCCUUCAUCAUGCAGAGAACCUCCUAAAACAGCCACAUCUCUCGGGCGCUCAGAGGUACAUUGGUCACCUCUAUGUAGCCGAGGCUCAGGUACAGCUGGACAAAAUACCCGACUCUAUCGGACAUCUGAAUCCUGACCUGGUCACAGACAUAGGGACAUGUCCGCCGGAACACAAGUCUGAACAGGAGAAAACUGAUAAAAAUGACAAAGGAGAGAAGGACCUACUAGCAGACAGCACAGAAGCCAAAAGCUCACUGUAUCCCUGGUUUCCAAAGGAUUUGUCUCGUGCCAAAGCAGUGAUGCAGUACAACUUAGCAGCCGCUCAUGCGAUGAGAGGGGAGUAUGACAAGGCCAUGACACAUCUCACUGAGAGUUCACGGAACAUUGGCGCCCCUCCCAGCGCAGAUGUACUUCCUGAAACUGUACCUGGACCUGAUGGAGGGGCGGAGGAAGAUGGCCCAGCAUGUCAUCAAGGAACACUUCGGUCACGUCACCCCCAACAGAAUCUAGACCAUCCAUAUAGUCGCAGUUGUCACAGCACAAUCUAGAUCAAGGUCAUGAACAGUUUCAUCCCCACCUUCAAAUCAAUCUUAAUAUCACCCAAAUAUUCUGGAUAUGUUCGUUGAUGUUUGAUUUGAUCUGUCCAGGUCUAUAGUUGUCUUGGACUAGGAAGUCCACAGUAAGUGUUAGAAAACAUUUAGUGGAGACAGCACAGGUCAAGGUCAAGGUUGAGGUCAAGGCUGGUUGCCAACCAUCAAUAGUUUAGCUUGAACAUAGGAGUAUAGUGAAUACUUACAUAGUCAGUGAAGGAUUGAAUCAUGGACUCAGAAAUGUGUAGCAACAUUGACGAUCAUGAAAGGCACAACUGAUUUUGUUGAGCCCCUCCUUAUUGAAAAAUCUAUGACAUUACGCAUGUCUAAAGCACUCUUUAAGUUCAUACAGUUUCGUUCUGUCUUGCUUAAGACUAGAAUAAUUUUCUGAACGGCAAGGUUUAGUGCAUGAAUUGUCAUUAAUGUGCUGAAAGUUUGCCAUCACUCUUCACAACUUUACAUAUUAUGUGAGAACCUGUCACAACAAAGGUACCAAAAAAUACAGUUACUUUUUGUUGGUGUUAGAGUUGGGACCCAAUUAUUUUAUUAGGGUUGGUUAAUGUUUCAGACUAUCAACCCACGUAUUUGAAGCCUUUUGUCACUUUCAAUCAGUGCUGAAAAUGUGCCAAAUUUUUCCUUAUCCUGACUCAAAAGCGGAUGUAAAAUCACUCACCCACGAAAGGGACGCUACUUGUGGGUGAGUGAUUUUACGUCCGCUUUUUUA